UUCUCUCUGCCCAAGAAGGCAUCCCUGAACAGCCUUGCCAGCCCAAGGGCAGCACCACCAGCAGCAGGAGCCCCCUUGGCCCCCAGGAGGAAGGCGCCAACCUCAACGGGGCUCUCUCUCUCUGUGGGGAGACAGGGAGGAUCCCCCUUUUUUCCCCGGACUCGGAGGAGCAUGGCACCUUGGGGGAGCCUGGCCCGCCUUGUCUCCCUCACCUCGGGGCUCCUUUGCUGGGCUCCACAGGUUGGUGGAGAGCAAAGUCAGGGGGCUGUAUUUCUACGUGAGUUCACAUUAAUUCGGAGAGAAAGCCUCAAUGAAGAUUUCCUUUCAGAUUUGCUGGACAACCAUAAAAUUGAAGAUACGAGUUCUCGAACUGCUCGAUCUGAGGAAGACCGUGAUACCCUCUGGGAUGCCUGGGGUUCAUGGAGUGAAUGUUCCCGUUCCUGUGGAGGAGGUGCUUCUUACUCCCUGAGACGCUGCCUUAGCAGCAGGAGCUGUGAAGGACGAAAUAUCAGAUACAGAACAUGCAGCAAUGUGGAUUGUCCUCCAGAAGCAGGCGAUUUUCGUACCCAGCAGUGUUCGGCACACAAUGAUGUCAAGUACCAGGGACAAUUUUACGAAUGGCUCCCUGUCUCUAAUGAUCCUGACAACCCAUGUUCAUUGAAGUGCCAAGCCAAAGACACAACUCUUGUUGUGGAACUGGCACCUAAAGUCUUGGACGGGACCCGAUGUUACACCGAAUCACUAGAUAUGUGCAUUAGCGGCUUGUGCCAGAUCGUUGGCUGUGAUCACCAGCUGGGAAGCACUGUGAAGGAAGAUAACUGUGGGGUCUGCAACGGAGAUGGUUCCACCUGCCGUCUUGUUCGAGGCCAAUAUAAAUCUCAGCUCUUGGCAAAUAAACUGGAUGAUACUGUGGUUGCUAUUCCCUAUGGAAGUCGUCAUGUACGCCUAGUGCUGAAAGGUCCUGAUCACUUAUCUUUAGAAACCAAGACUCUACAAGGCAUAAAAAGUGAAAACAGCCUCAGCUCUCCAGGUUCAUUCCUUGUGGAUAACUCUAGUGUUGACUUCCAGAAGUUUCCAGACAAAGAAAUAUUGAGAAUGCCUGGCCCUCUCACUGCAGAUUUUACUGUCAAGAUUCAUUACGCCGGUGCUGCUGACAGUUCAGUUCAGUUUAUUUUCUAUCAGCCAAUCAGCCACCGAUGGAGAGAAACUGAUUUCUUUCCAUGUUCUGCUUCCUGUGGUGGAGGUUAUCAGCUGACGUCUGCAGAGUGUUAUGAUCUGAGGAGCAACAGAGUGGUGGCUGAUCAGUAUUGCCACUACUACCCUGAAAACAUCAAGCCAAAGCCAAAACUUCAGGAAUGCAACCUGGAUCCUUGUCCUGCAAGUGAUGGAUACAAGCAGAUCAUGCCCUAUGACCUCUACCAUCCUCUUCCCCGGUGGGAAAGCACUCCAUGGACUGCAUGUUCUUCCUCUUGUGGAGGAGGCAUCCAGAGCCGCACAGUCUCUUGUGUGGAAGAAGACAUCCAGGGGCUUGUCAGCUCUGUGGAAGAGUGGAAGUGCAUGUACACUCCCAAGAUGCCCAUUGUCCAGCCCUGCAACAUUUUUGAUUGUCCUAAGUGGCUGGCUCAGGAGUGGUCACCGUGCACAGUGACCUGUGGCCAAGGCCUGAGGUACCGAGUGGUUCUGUGCAUUGAUCACAGAGGGAUGCAUACGGGUGGCUGCAGUCCUAAAACAAAGCCUCACAUCAAAGAAGAGUGCAUAAUUCCUACUCCAUGCUACAAGCCCAAAGAAAAGCUUCCCAUUGAAGCGAAACUACCAUGGUACAAGCAAGCCCAGGAAUUAGAAGAAGGAACCAUGGUAUCAGAAGAACCAACGUUUAUUCCUGAAGCCUGGUCUGCCUGCAGCGUGACCUGUGGCGUAGGCAUCCAAGUGCGUUUGGUGAAGUGCCAGGUGCUGCUGUCUUUCUCUCAGUCAGUGGCAGAUUUGCCCACUGAUGAAUGUGAAGGGCCUAAGCCAGCCUCAGAACGAGCUUGUUAUGGUGGCCCUUGCAAUGGAGAGACUGGUGAAUAUAGGCCUGAAGCAACUGAUCUGUUCUAUGGUGGUUCUCAAGAUUUUGACGAACUCUAUGAUUGGGAGUACGAGGGAUUCACGGAGUGCUCUGAGUCUUGUGGUGGAGGUGUCCAAGAGGCAGUGGUGACUUGCCUGAAUAAACAGACCAGAGAGUUUGCAGAUGACAAUCUGUGUGUGAGCAGCCGGCGUCCCCCACAGUUGCUGAAAGCCUGUAACUUGGAGCCUUGUCCCCCAAGGUGGGAGGUGGGGAAAUGGAGCUCUUGCAGCCUCACUUGUGGCGUAGGACUACAGACCCGCGAUGUCUUCUGUUCUCAUCUCCUCUCAAGAGAAACAAACGAGACAGUGAUUUUGGAGGAUGAACUGUGUCACAAACCCAAGCCCAUCAUGGUACAAGCCUGCAAUCGUUUUGACUGUCCCCCAUCCUGGUACCUUUCAGAAUGGCAACAGUGUUCACAGAGCUGCGGGGGUGGCACUGAAAAGCGGGAAGUACUCUGCAAGCAGCGCAUGGCCGAUGGAAGUUUCCUGGAGCUCCCAGAUACAUUUUGUUCCACUUUGAGACCAGUCUCCCAGCAAGCCUGCAAAAAUGAGGACUGCCCUUCCGAGUGGCUUCUUUCAGACUGGACACAGUGUUCUGUGACUUGUGGUGAGGGAACCCAGACACGAAAUGCUAUUUGCAGGAAAGUGCUAAAGACCGGACUUUCUGCCAUCAUCAACUCAUCACUAUGCCCACCUUUGCUGUUCUCAUCUUUGGUCAGACCCUGUGCACUAGGGACCUGUACAAGACACCAGAGACCUGCUCACAAGCAGCCCCCUAUGAUCAUGGCUCAAAAGAAAGUUUUUAUCCAAACAAGGAAGCAGAAAAAGUUGCACUUUAUUGUUGGUGGGUAUGCCUACUUGCUCCCCAAAACUUCUGUCAUUCUUCGAUGUCCUGUGAGAAGAUUCCGGAAACCAAUGAUCACUUGGGAGAAAGAUGGCAAACGACUUAUCAGCUCAGUUCAUGUUACAAUUGCUCCUUAUGGAUACAUGAAAAUUCAUCGGUUGAAGCCCUCAGAUACAGGGACAUAUACUUGUACUGCAGGGCCAGCUCAGGAACAUUUUGUGAUUAAAUUAAUAGGGGGUCCUAAUAAGCGUAUUGCCACCCUGUCCACUGGAAUAAAGGAGGAAGAAGCCCCAAGGAAGGCCAGUUUUAAGGAAGCCUUCUACACCCAGGAGAAGCAUCAGAAUGGAAUUCUCUUCAAUGGAAGCAAAACUGAGAAACGAGGACGUCUUACUGAUCCCAGCAGCCGGUACGAUGAUAUUGUCUCAAGACUUCUGGAGUAUAGAGGCUGUUCUCGUGAUAACGCAGAGCCAUGGGAAGUUCAGGACUCCACAGAAAGAAAUAUCUCUUCAGAGGAAGACCAGGGCCAGGAGUACACCCUUCCUUUCACCAUGGUUGCCAGCCAAAACCGUUUGGAUGACAUCCUAAGAAACUUGUCUCAGCAGCCUGAGGAAUUUCAGGAUGUCUACAGUAAGCAGCUUGUUGCACAGUUGGCCCAUGAAAUUUUCAAGAGCCAUUUGGAACACCAGGAAUCACUUUUCAAAACACACGGGAGUAGAGUCAGUUCUGCUUCAGUGGAGUUUCCAUUUAGCAAGGAUUUUUCUGAGUUCAGUGCCUUGAGAACAUCUUCAUCAGAAGCACACUUGUCACUGGAACUCACCAAUGGCUCCCGUGGACCUCAAAGAAAACCUGCAAUUCUCAAAAAGAUUUCUGCAGCACAGCAGCUCUCAGCAUCUGAAGUGGUCACACACCUAGGACAUACUGUAGUUUUGGCCAGUGGGACUCUCAGUGUACUUCUUCACUGCGAAGCUGUUGGGAAUCCAAAGCCUGCCAUUAGCUGGGCAAAGAAUGGAGAGGCUGUGCAGUACAGUGAAAGGAUACUUCUUCAGCCAGAUGACUCUUUGCAAAUCCUGGAACCCGUUGAAGCUGACGUAGGCUUCUAUACAUGCAAUGCAACGAAUGUAUUGGGAUCUGACUCUGUUUCCAUUGCCGUCACAUUAGCAGGAAAACCAUUGAUAAAGACAUCACGAACCACUUUGAUCAACAAAGAUUUGCCUACCAUCACAGUUGAUAUUGGGAGUACAGUGAAAACACUUCCAGGAACAGAUGUGACAAUUAACUGCCAAGUUGCAGGUGUGCCUGAAGCAGAACUCACUUGGUUUAAGAAUAACACCAAGCUGGCCUCCGGCCAUCACCUGCAUGAUGGGUCAUUGCUGAUUGCAAAUGUCUCCCUUUCUGAUCAAGGGUUGUACUCCUGCAGGGCAGCCAACAUCCGUGGGGAGAUGACUGAAAGAACACAGUUGAUGGUCCUGGAUCCACCACAACUCCCUCCUCAAUUGGAUGACAUGGCAGCCAUUUUGUCCAUCAGCUGGCCAGGCAUUCCUUCUGUGAUAACAUCUCCUUCAGGGACCAGAAAAGUGCUUAGUCCUGGGAGUUCGGUGCUCAUAGGCUGCCCAGUCAACGGCCAUCCAACACCUAACAUCACCUGGUUUUAUUCUGGCCAGCCCAUCACUAUGCCUCAUCAUGUCUUGGCAUCUGGUCAGAUUCUUCAGAUACUGAACAUCAGCAGUGAUUAUCAGGGAGAAAUCAGUUGCAUGGCUCAGAAUGAGGCAGGCUUACUUGUGCAGAAAACAUCUCUGGCGAUCCAAGAUUAUUGGUGGUCAGUUGACAAGAUGUCUCCCUGUUCAGCCUCUUGCGGUAACAAGGGUCUACAAUAUCAUCAGAUGAGAUGCUUGCUGGGUGGAGCACCAGUCAACACAUCCAAUUGUGUGAACAAACCCAAACCUGCUCUGCAGCCUGUUGUUUGUAACAGAAGAGAUUGCCCUUCAAGGUGGAUGGUGACAUCUUGGUCCCAUUGUACGCAAAGCUGUGGUGGAGGCAUCCAGACACGGAGAGUGACAUGUCAGAAGCUAACAGCUGCAGGCAACUCUGUCCCCAUGUCUAGUGAUGUAUGUGCCCAAGUUGCCAAGCGUCCAGUAGAUACCCAGAGCUGUAACAGACAGUUGUGUGUUGAGUGGGCAACCUCUGCCUGGGGACAGUGUAAUGGGCCGUGCAUUGGAUCUCGUUUGGCAGUACAACACAGGCAAGUUUUCUGCCAAACCAGGGAUGGGAUAUCUGUGCCUUCUGACCAGUGCAGCUCCCUUCCAAGGCCUUUAAGCACCCAGAACUGCUGGACAGAUGCUUGUGGUGUACACUGGAGGGUCAGUUUGUGGACGCUAUGUACUGCUACCUGUGGCAACUAUGGUUUCCAAUCUAGACGAGUGGAAUGUGUGCGUGUUCACACCAACAAACCAGUACAAGAGCACCUCUGCGCCUGGAGAGCAAGGCCAGCUAACUGGCAACGCUGCAACAUCACCCCAUGUGAAAACAAUGAAUGCAGAGACACCACUAGAUACUGUGAGAAGGUAAAGCAGCUAAAGCUCUGCCAACUCUCACAGUUUAAAUCACGCUGCUGUGGGACGUGUGGAAAAGCAUGAAGGUGGCAGCGAAAGAAAAUAUGAAUUUGGCAGCCACACCAGCCUUGCUCUCCUUUGUUACUGAGAAGGGCUCCUUGAGAAAAGGAAAAUUGGAAUAGAAUUGCCUCAUUUUAUUUAUUUAUUUUUCCUCUCUCUUUUUUUCUUUUUAAGAAAUCCCUUUUAACUGAUUUUUUUAAAAAAAAAAAAAAAGAAAAGACCUUGACAAGGUUUCCCUUCUAAUGAGGUUGGGAGACAGAAAUGCAGCAAGUCACAGUUCAUUAUGAAGCUGGAGACCAAAAGAGAGAGAAACUGAGAGAGAUGAAGCAAUGAAAUUCCCUAGAAGACGUCACAGCUGACCUUGAUGGAGUGAAGGAACAUGCAGAAGCACACUUGAGUACAUGGACUCCAAAUGUCAGUAUAUGAAUCAGGAUAGGACUAAACCCACUUUCACAAAACCAAGGAGUAAAGGGAGGGGAAGGGAGGGAGUUGUCUGACUGAUCAAUGAAGCAACCUUGCAAAUAGCUUGCCAGCAGGAUGUGAUUACACUCUGUGGUUAUCCAGUUUUGCAUGGUGCUACCACUUGGGAAGUUAGCUAUCUGUGAUGUUGAGUGAAGAGCAUUUUCACACAUCCUUCUCCAUUCAGAAAUAGGGGGAACUAGAAGAAUUGUAAAAUGCUUACCACUGGAAAGGUUGCUACAACCAACCAGGUGUCAGACAUGGUAAAUAGUUGUGUGUAUUCAUCUAAUUAGUUCAAUACGAUCCAAACAAUUCAGGGGAAAGUUGUACAGAUAUACCUCAGUUAAAAAAGUUGAUGUGUUCCUGGACAUUAUUUCUUUAACAGAAAAUUUGCAACCAGAGGCAGAAAUAAUAUGGAAACAAUAGGGAUAGCUUCCUACACCACAAAAAAAAAAAGAGCAGUUCAGCAUGUUUCUGCAAAAACUUUAUUCAAAGCUAAUAAUAUGCACACAUGAAUUGAAACACCCAGGUCAGGUGAGCCUUGCAUAUAUAUACAAAUAUAUUUUGACCCUUCUAGAAAUCACUUGAAAGCUUCUUCCAAAGUGCAUUCAGAGAUUAUUAUUAUUUUAUUUCACCAGGCUCAAUUUUUCUUAGGAUUUCCAUUUUGGUGGCAACCUUGUAGGUUUAUCUUUUCUAGCAUGUUGGAGGUAGCUGUUGAGGCAAGCUUACCUGCUCUCCCUUUUUCUCUCUGUUUUGCUGUUCAUACAUGUCAGUAAGGGAUUAUGGAGACAGCUGCCAUUUACCUUGUGUGUUGUAAGCAGGCAUACAUGACUAUAUCACAAUCAGCUACAAUAAAAUCCCAUUCUUUCACAGCUCAAGUUUUAUUGCAUUGUUUAUGGCAGAUAAGCUACUAGACGCCAACAUUAAAAGUCUGCUUCUCCAGGUUUUCUUCAUCGUUUUCCCCAUGCCAAUGCUGCUAAAAAAAAUCCAGCUAGACAGAGGUUGAGAAAGAAAGGGGAUUGAGCCUACAUUAAAGGUCUCUAUAAAAAUGAACUUCUUUGUCAGAGGCUUUGUUAACUGAGGUAUACCUGCAUUUUUCGGGACUAAAUUGGCCAUGUUUUGUGGAUAUGCUGGUGGGGUUGGGAGGGUAUUCUCAUUUUUCCAUACUUUGAUUUAAUCUGGUGUUGCAUCUAUGUUGUACUACACCUUCGGACUUCCAGCUUCUUGUCAUGCUUAACAACCCUGGAGAAAUGUAAGCUCCAUUUAAAGUGAUGUAGCUGCAAUGACAUUUUUAACAAUUCAAGUGGCAUAUCCUUGUUCCCUGAUCAAAAACAUAGUUUUGGAAGAAAGGGACUCCAUUUGUGUUGCAGUUCAUCGAAGAAGGAAAUGUGUAGUAAUAAUCGAUAAGGAGGUGUGGGCCAGAGCCCAGAAACAGGAAUGGGAUAUGACUGCACAGAUCAUUUGGGAGCGUGGGGGAGGUAGUGAUGAAUGAGACAUGCAAUCUAUAGUGUUUAUUCAUUCCUGUCCUUGCUUCAUUCUACUUUAACACAAUCAGCACAUUAGAAUGGAAAGUUGCUGGAAGAGGUUCCAUAAGUAUGGCAUGAAGUUUAAAAUGAAGCAGUGACGACUGUGCAGGCAUUAUUAGCAUACUGCCACACAAUGAACCUAGGUUACUAUUGCAUGAUGCAUGAAUUGAUAGAUAGGUGGUUUUAUUCUUUAAAACACUCAGACCUGGUGGAACUAAUGGCAUUGUGCUCUCAGCUGAAGUAGCUGAAAAACCAAAAGGACUGUUGAGCUAGAGUCUAAGUCCAAGCGAAACUUACUUUUCAGCAUUUUUUUCUGGAUCCGAGUAUUAAGCAGGUUGUACUGACAAGGUAGUUAAGUUGCACUACAUUGCCCAUCUCAGGCACAUCUCAGCCACACCUGUGGAGAAAUUGAUAGUCAACUACUCUGUAGUGUAUCCUCAUUCUAUGAAUUCAGUAGGUUUGCUUUCUGAAGCCUGUCAGAUAUGGGUUGCAGUCCAUGAUGCCAAUGAUGGGAGUUGCACACCUAUGUUUGCAGAUUGCUAAGGAGCAGAAGUAAUGGAUGCCCAGUUUGUUCAAUGCAGCUGGCAUGCUUCCUCUGUGUAGCAUCACUACAGUGUGUGGGGCAGAAAGAGAGCAAUAGAGGAGUUGCUGAGAUUCUUUGUCAUACAUAAAUUUACUCUAAUGAGUAGUUAUUUUGCAUGCCAAGUGGAUUUGUUAAUGUGGAACCCAGCAUUAUGACAUGCUUAGCUUCUUCAAGUCCAUGGAAAUCGAUAGUGUCCAGGAAGAAAUGCUCAAGUAGUUGUGGGGUAAGGAGAAGAGCUGAAUUGCAAACGUUGGAUCUGAAUUUCUUCCAUCUAGGUGGGUUCUCCAUUUCUGGGAUUUUGAUUGAGCACUAGCUCUAUAAAAGAGCUUAGCUGUGCCUCAGGUGUCUCCGAAAUGGGGCCCAUAGCUUGUGCUCCAGUAAUAAAACACAGUUCAAGGUAGCAUUGACAGGUUACAGCUUUUAUUACCUGUGUAUUUUAAAGCAAGUCUGGAAGUUCUCUGGUGAGGUCAGCGUCAGGUCCGUCAGAUUAAAUUGCCUCCUGUUUUGGGUCAUUACAAAAUGUAUCUGGCAGGGAAUACACUCUCUCUUUGGAUGGGUCUCUGAGCUCCUGAGUUGCUCUGAAUCAAUGCAACAUUUAUUUAAGAAAAAAAAAGAAUGUCUUCUAUGUAUGUAAAUGUACCUUUUGUGUAUAUUUAUUAGAAUUUCUUGUAUAAAAAGUGCAAUAUGAAUAAUUGUACAUUAUGCUGUCUGUCCAGAUGAAAACUAUUGGGGGGAGCACUUUUCUUUUAUCCCUCUGCAUUGGUUAUUUUGUUUUUUGGCGCUUUUUUUUUGUAGUAUCAGUGAUAAUGUAUCCUCCCUUCCUUAUUUUUAACUGCACUUGUGUGUAUCCUUUAUUUCAUUGCAUACAGAAUAAAUUGCAAUGCAGAGGGUGGGGUUGGAGAGGGAUUUUAAAUUGUCAAAUGAGCAGUUACAAAUAGAACAAAGGGGUAUAUUCCUAACUGACGUGGUAGCUGUUUUUCCAACAACAGUAAUGAGCAUGCUUAGCAGACUCCUCAAUAGCUACAAUCAUUGGGAGAACCAUUGGUGCUCACUCUAUAAUAAUUCUGUUCAGAUGACCUUCUUAGAGGUUAGACCCUUCAUCCAAGGUGCUUUGCUGUGCUUGAAGGAAUGUGCAAGACUCUUGUGCAACCUGGUUUUCUUGUUCUCGUCAGUACAGAGGGAUGCUCUGUGUAUACUUCCCACUAUUGCUCCCUCAAUGUACUUGACUAGAGGAACCCUUGGAGCUCAGAAAGCUCCUCCAGAUGGAUAUUAGAGGGCUUCAUGCCCUCAGGGGGUCCUUUUCACAUAGCAUAAUUAUAGUGCUAUGAUUCCAUUUUAACUGCCAUAGCAACAUCCUGUGAAAUCCUAGGAUUUGCAGUGUAGAGAGGGGUCUUUAGAAUUCUCAACCAGAGCCUCCAAUCAAACACCAUGACUCCAUAGGAUGCAGCCAUGGCAGAUAAAGUGGUAUCAUAGUGCUUUAGCUGUAAUGGGAAAGGAGUGUCCAAGUAGUCCCUGGUAUGGAGUAAAUCCACAUCAUUUAGUCUCCACUGAAAUCAGUGGCAGUAGCACUGUUUUUCACAGUGCUGAGUUGCACCCAUGGGCUGGCGGGGCCACUUGGCCACUUUGCAUGCCAUGGCCACGAUCUUCUGCACAGAGCGCCUGCAUAAAGUCCCACUGAGACUGACAUGUUUGUAACUGCAAAGGCUUGCAGCCUAUGAAUGUACAGUAAUUGCAAAUGUUUGUCUGAUGAAUUGUGACCUAAUAGCAUCUGUGUAAGUUUCUUAAGGUUGACAAAUAUUACAGGAGGCGGCUUCCCUCCCUUUACAAAAAAAAAAUCUUGUUUAUAUAAUUUCUUUUGUACAAAUAAUGCAUCUUAUUUAUUUAA